UCAUUUUCGUCGGAAUUGUACGUAACACGUUUUUGCUUUAAGUCGUCGAUACGGAGUCCCUGUCGUCACUGUAACCGACCUACAUAUGCCCUUAUUCACAAGCAAUUCUUCAUGAAUUCGAGACAAUCGAAAACCGAAACCCCGUUCGGCACAUUGUUGGACAGCCUAAACAGUUUCGGCGGUAUUUGUAUGUGCGACUCUAUUACGUACCAUGCAUACACCAUUGUCGGACUGUUUCGAUCAGCUGUUGAGAAUCAAUUUCUAAAACGAGAUAUCCAUCGCAUAUUUGCGUAUUGUCAACACUCCAACACGGAGACGGUUGCGACCCGCGGGUGACUCGACACGUUUUUCUUUCGAUUUUGGUAUUUUCCCCUCCAGCUAAUUCAAACAAUGUCGAACAAUCGGAUAAUGUGCGCGCAAACCGACGUUAAGCGUUUUCAUACGAACACGACGAGCUUGGAGUGUUCAUUGUUUUUUUCCAUUUUCUGGACGAUCACAAAAAGAAAUAAUAAUACAGCACAGUCAUUCGCCAAUAUGGACUUAAUUACUUAUUUCUUCAAUGGCAGCGCGUCCUUGAAUCUCAUCGGUCGUAUAGUGGUCUUCUUCGGUUCUAUACGUAUAGUAUGUAUUAAUGCACGUAUACACUUGUACGAUGAUAUACAGAGCGCGCACAAAUCUGUUUGGAAGACUUUCGAUGACGGAAUGUAACUGAAAGUCAUCGUGCAAAUGUAAGCGUUAUUCACAAACCCGGUGUUCGAAACUCGAUGGCACUAAUAUUUAAACGGACAUUUGUAUGAUUAAUAACGUCCAAACCGAGAAGUGGCUGCGAUACGGUCAUCGCGGUUGAGGAGAUGACAUCGUGAAAAAAAAAUAUAAAAUAUAAUAAAUUCAUUUCCUCGGUCAUUUCUAUUGUCAUACCGUUUUGUACUAAUUUGUUAUGCGAUAUUCGUGCGGUAACAAGUGUAAUUACCGUUGUGCCAGGCUAAUUUUGUGUAAAAUAUAAGACCCGGUCGCGCGUGUUGCACGAGCGCAGUGUCGCGCGGACGGAUCGACGGAAAUCACAUUGAUAGUUUGGCGACCGCACAAAUGGUCAACUCGGAAAAAUGUCUGCGAAUCGUCGUCUCUCUGGCGAUCACGUUUUGUGCCACGUGCGAUCACGCUCGAUGCUUGGAAGCCAUGGAACAAAUCAAAGGGCUCGGGUAUCCGCUGAAAACGUAUCAAAUAUGGACCGUCGACAAGUAUCGGCUGGGCCUGGAACGUAUACCGUAUGGCAAACACGGCUACGGCGUGAUCGGCGCACCGGUACUGCUGUUGCACGGCCUGUACUUGUCAUCGGCCAUAUUCGCCAUCAACAAUUCGUCACUGAGUUUCGUUUUAUCGGAUGCCGGUUUUGACGUAUGGCUCUUUAACGCCAGAGGUGCGGGUUUGUCUAGAAAACUCAGCAUUUACAAAACACCAAGAUCAAGGCCAAAAAUGAAUAGAAUUUCAUGGGAUUUCAGUUUUCAUGAAAUGGGCGUGUACGAUAUGACUGCUGCUGUAGAUUUUAUCCUAAAAACGACGGGAUACUCAAAACUGGACGUUGUGGGCUAUUCCUUAGGAACAACCAUAGCCCUAGCAUGCCUGACUGAUAAACCAGAAUAUAAUUCUAAGAUCAACAAGCUUGUUCUCAUGGCUCCGACGUCGAGACUGAAAUCAGCCGGACCGCCAAUCAAUAUUUUCAAACAGUUUUCAAAAAUAGUGACUGUUUUACUAGGUGGAUUUGAUUUUUUUCCGUACACGGAGGACCCAGACACUACGUAUCGAUUGAUCAGACGAUUGUGUUCAAACAAAAGCGUAUUUAGAUAUUGUAAAACAUUCAUUGAUUUGGCACAUGGGAUCGAUUUACCGAUUACCAAAGACACAGUUUUAGAAAUAGCUUCUGAAUUUCCUCAACCUAUGUCUUCUAAGUUAUUGAAGCAUAUGCUGCAAUUGUUAACAUCUGGAAGAUUUUGUCAUUACGACUACGGGCCUUCUGGAAAUUUAAAACGUUACCAUACGAUAACGACACCCGAUUACGAUCUAUCCAAGGUCACGGCGCCUACGUACAUUGUACACUCCAAGAACGAUACUCUAGUUUCUCCUAAGGACGUUAAAUGGCUCAUUACUCAGUUACCAAAUGUAAAGGAUGUGAACUACAUUGAUAAAAUACCGUUUGGCCACCUCAGCUUUUCUUUGGGCACGAACAUGAAGGAAGUUGUGAACUCGUACAUAGCAAACAAAUUGUUAGAUAACGAUUUAUAGAUUGUAAUACUAUUUUAUAAUCAAAUGUGAAUAAAGCGAAGUAUUGAUAUUCUCGACUAAUUUCAAA